AAGUUUCGGGAAACGCGAGAAAAGAAGCGGUCCGUCGAUGAACGCGGACCGCCGACGUUGCGUACAGACUGUGAAAAAUAAACGUUAAAUAAUUCGAGUGUUUUGUUUUUUUUAAAUCAUGCCGCCAGGUAAGAAUUUUAGGAGGAGGAAGGAGGAAUCGUCCGACGAGGAAGACGAUGAGACAAAAGCCGUGGUCAGGUCCAAAUUGGAUGAAGCCAAGGAGCUCCAAAAUUUACGAAGAAGGCAGCAUGGAGUAAGCAUUGCAACGUUACUUGUUGGGGAGAAGCUUCCUUUGGAGGCUGAGCUUGAGGACGACCCGUUCAAACUGAAGACCGGAGGUGUCGUCGACAUGAAGAAAGUAAAAGACAGAAAUCGAGACAUGACAGCAGACGAAAAUGACCUGAAUCUUGGUACCUCCUUUUCUGCUGAGACUAACAGACGAGAUGAAGAUGCAGACAUGAUGAAGUACAUCGAGACCGAAUUAAAGAAAAAGAAAGGCAUGGUGGAGGCGGAAGAGCUGAAGGUGAAGGUGAAGAAUCCAGAGGACCUCCUGUAUGAGCUUCCAGAAAGCAUCCGUGUCAGUUCUGCCAAAAAGACAGAAGAGAUGUUGUCCAAUCAGAUGCUGAGUGGAAUCCCGGAGGUGGAUCUGGGGAUAGAUGCAAAAAUAAAGAACAUCAUCAGUACAGAAGAAGCAAAAGCAAAGCUACUUGCUGAGCAGAGGAAUAAAAAGAAGGACAGCGGGACCUCUUUUGUUCCCACCAACAUUGCUGUGAAUUACGUCCAGCAUAAUCGCUUUUAUCACGAGGAUGUAAACGCUCCCCAGAGACGACACAGAGAAGAACCCAAAGCCAGGCCACUACGAGUAGGAGACACUGAGAAGCCAGUAGCUGAGACUUCACCACCCAAUUAUCGCAAGAGGCCAAAUAACGAGAAGGCCACUGAUGACUACCACUAUGAGAAAUUCAAGAAGAUGAACCGGCGAUAUUAAACCUCCACCAUCACUUUUUUUUUUCCCGUGAAUGAAAGAUGUAAAUAUUUUUACUGUAUUUAAGUGUUCAUAGUUUGCAUGCAGUCAUAAACAUUUUACAAUAAAACUCCCCCCAAAACACUUAAUCUUUGCAAAUUUUAUAAAACGGAACAUUGUGUCCAGUGCAGCAUGUUAAAGCAUUAUUAUGUGCGCGUUUCGGUCUAUAGAACGAUCCGUUCAACAGAAUUGAUUUGUGACUUGAUAUUAAUGAAACUUUGUUUUAUUAAAGGUUAUUUUUAUUCUACAGACUUUGCUAACGAAAUAAAGUAAUAUUAUAACCUC